AAUAACAACAAAGUGGAAGAUGGACUUUGACGAGGAGCUCAAUCUUUGUACCACAGGUAAAAGUAUUGUUCCUUCUUCAGGAGAAGCCUCUUCAACGACGUCCCCAAGAACUAUCAAGAAGAUGAGAAACCCUGAUCAUAGAUCCAAACCCUAUUUCCCAUUUUCCUCUCCUUAUUCUAACUCCUUGCCGGCUUUCCCUUUUUCUCUUGACCCAACGAUUCAAAAUCAACAACAACAGCAACUAGGAUACCUUCCUAUUAAUCCUACAAUACAAGGGCAAAACCAAAUGAUCUCGUUUAGUCCUCAACAGCCUCAGCAACAUCAGCAGCAUAUGUUCAAGUAUUGGAGUGACACAUUGAACCUGAGCCCUAGAGGAAGAAUGAUGAUGAUGAACCAAGAAAGUGUCCUGCCUUACAGCUCAACCAAGCUGUAUAGAGGAGUCAGACAACGUCAAUGGGGAAAAUGGGUCGCAGAGAUACGUAAGCCACGGAGCAGAGCACGUCUCUGGCUUGGUACCUUUGACACAGCUGAAGAAGCUGCCAUGGCUUAUGACCUUCAAGCUUUUAAAUUCAGGGGUCAUAAUGCAACACUUAAUUUUCCCGAGCGUUUUGUGAAUAAGGAAAUUGAGCCUAGUGAUUCAGCUGGUGCGUCAAGCUCACUGCAUGAGAAACAACCAGAAACGCGACAGCCGGAGGAACAAAAGGAGGUUAACUUGGAGAGUAAGGAAGUAGCGGUGAGUGAUGGUGUAGUAGAGGAAGGGAUGGCUGAGGCAUGGUUCAAUGCGGUUGCAGCGGGAUGGGGUCCUGAAAGUCCUCUUUGGGAUGAUUUGGACAAUUCUCAGUUCUCACAAAGCUCAACAUCUUCCUCUGCUUCUUGUCCCAUGAGGCCUUUCUCAUUUUAGGUUGUAGUUUAGGGUUUAGCUCAUUAGCAUUUGGAUGGAGACAGUUUUUUGUGAUCUCCCACUCCAUACAUAGUCUAUAUAUAUAUAUGUGUGUGUGUGUGUGUGCCGCUGAUUAUGCUACAUAUAUAGAUGUCCUAUUAGGUCAACGAGUUUGUUUUCUGGCAUUGUAUCUGCACUUCAAUAA